AUGGGUGAUUCUCAAACGGAGAUAGAAGUUCCUUCAUUUUUUGUAUGCCCGAUUUCUCUAGAAAUCAUGAAGGACCCUGUAACCCUUUCCACGGGAAUAACAUAUGAUCGUGAAGCCAUAGAGAGAUGGUUGUACACUCGAAAGAACUGCAUGUGUCCCAUCACCAAACAAGUUCUUACAGAUUUAGAGCUCACCCCAAACCACACCCUUCGUCGACUGAUCCAAUCUUGGUGCACAAUUAAUGGGCCAUAUGGUAUCGAAAGAUUCCCCACACCACGGAUCCCAAUCUCCAAAUCACAAAUCUUGAAGCUCCUACAAGAUUCUAAAUCUCCCAAUUUGCAGAUGGAGUGUUUAAAGAAGCUAAAGACGAUUGUUUUGGAAAGUGAUGUGAAUAAACGAUCAACGGAAGCAGUUGGAGCAGCUGAAUACCUAUCUUACAUCAUAUGUAACCCUAGUUGUAAUCAUACGUCACCAUCAUCGGUGGAAGAAAUUUCUGGUGUUGAGGGAAUUGAUAAUUCAGUGACAGCAGUUGAUGAAGCGGUGAACAUCCUUUACAACCUCCGUCUAUCCCAAACCGGCGUUAAAUCAUUGUUCCGAAAGAAAGGAGAGUUUGUCGACGCGUUAACUCGCGUGAUGCAAUACGCCGCCAAUUACGAGACACGCACUUACGCCGUCUUAUUACUAAAGUCAAUGUUCGAUGUCGCAGAACCCAUUCAAAUGAUGUCGUUAAAGACUCAUUUCUUUAAGGAGCUUACACAAAUCUUGGCCAAUCAAGUUUCACAAAAAGCCACAAAAGCUGCGCUGAAAUUACUUAUAGAAGUUUGUCCAUGGGGGCGGAAUAGAGUAAAAGUUGUGGAGGCCGGAGCAGUUACAGUAUUAAUCGACAUCCUGCUAGAUUGUACUAAUCCAACGAGAGUGUCGGAGAUGGUCUUAACCCUGUUAGACCAUCUUUGCCAGAGUGCUGAAGGCCGGGCUGAACUGUUAAGACAUGGUGCAGGUUUAGCGGUGGUUUCCAAGAAAAUCUUUCGUGUUUCACAGGUGGCAAGUGCGAGGGCUGUGAGGAUACUACAUGCGGUGGCAAAGUUCUCCGGGAAUAAGAGUGUUGUACAAGAGAUGUUGCAGUUAGGAGUGGUGGGUAAACUAUGUUUCGUGUUACAAGUGGAUUCUGCGAGCAAGACAAGCGAGAAAGCUAGGGAGAUUUUGAAGAUGCAUGCUAGGGUUUGGAAGCAUUCCCCAUGUAUACCCUAUAAUUUGGUUUGUUCGUAUCCAUCUUAG